UGCUUGAAAAGUUCUAGCUUAUAUAUUGAGAGCGAGAGAAUGGAGUAAGCGGAGAGCGCAGCCACUUCACUGUAUUUCUGUUCCAAGUUUCAACUGUUGAGUUGAAAUCUUAAAUUUCUUUCUAAUAAACUAGUUAUUUUUAAAGAUGUCGGAGGCGUCGAUCUCUAUAGAGUACGCUAUGGAGAAGGCAUCGGGACCUCACUUCUCCGGCUUCCGUACUCCGACCGCCACCUCUGUCUCCUCCACCACCUUUUCCGACGCCAAUGUUCCUCGUGAGCCCUUCGUCAUUGGGGUUUCAGGAGGUACGGCUUCUGGUAAAACGACAGUCUGUGACAUGAUCAUCCAACAGCUUCACGAUCACCGCGUUGUUCUUGUAAAUCAGGAUUCCUUUUACCGUGGUUUAAAUUCAGAAGAGUUAAAACGCGUUCACGAGUAUAAUUUUGAUCAUCCUGAUGCUUUUGAUACUGAACAGCUUUUGGAGUGUAUUAAGAAGCUUAAAAUUGGGCACUCGGUUCAAGUCCCAGUUUAUGAUUUUAAGCUUCAUCGUCGGUCUUCUGAUAGUUUUCGACAGGUGAAUGCUUCUGAUGUCAUAAUUUUGGAAGGAAUUCUUGUUUUCCAUGACCAGCGUGUGAGGAACCUAAUGAAUAUGAAGAUUUUUGUUGAUGCAGAUGCUGAUGUGAGGCUUGCUCGUAGAAUAAGACGAGAUACAGUUGAGAGGGGUAGGGAUGUAAAUUCUGUUCUUGAACAAUAUGCAAAGUUUGUCAAGCCUGCAUUUGAUGAUUUUGUGUUGCCAUCGAAAAAGUAUGCUGAUGUCAUUAUCCCUCGAGGAGGUGAUAAUCAUGUUGCCAUUGAUUUGAUUGUGCAACAUAUCCGCACUAAGCUCGGUCAGCAUGAUCUCUGCAAAAUAUAUCCCAAUGUAUAUGUAAUUCAGUCAACAUUUCAGAUUAGAGGAAUGCAUACUCUGAUUAGAGACCGGGACAUUUCUAAACAUGAUUUUGUCUUCUAUUCUGAUCGGCUUAUUCGUCUGGUGGUAGAGCAUGGUCUUGGACAUCUGCCGUUCACUGAGAAGCAAGUAGUAACACCGACAGCAACGGUAUAUACUGGGGUUGAUUUUUGCAAAAAGUUGUGUGGCGUUUCCAUUGUCCGAAGUGGUGAAAGCAUGGAAAACGCAUUACGUGCAUGUUGCAAAGGAAUAAAAAUUGGAAAAAUUUUGAUUCAUCGUGAGGGAGAUGAUGGGAAACAGCUUAUAUAUGAGAAGCUUCCCACGGAUAUUUCAGAACGCCAUGUUCUUCUUCUCGAUCCAGUUCUUGCUACAGGGAACUCGGCUAACCAAGCCAUCGAACUACUCAUACAAAAAGGAGUUCCACAAUCUCACAUUAUAUUCCUAAACCUCAUCUCCGCACCUGAAGGAAUCCAUUGUGUUUGCAAACGGUACCCCUCACUGAAAAUUGUUACUUCAGAAAUUGAUGUUGCACUAAAUGAGGAAUUUCGUGUCAUACCAGGCAUGGGUGAGUUUGGUGAUCGUUACUUCGGCACCGAUGACUGAUUCACCAUGGUAAAUUGCAACCAGUUAUCAGACAACCAGGUUGCUUGAACAAGUAAUAUUCUAAAACAUAUACAUGUGAGAUUAGCUUACCCUUUAUAUACAAGCUACCGACUAGGACCAUCAGACUUCAUCAAGAGGCGAUUCUGAGAUCUUUUAUUUUGUUUUCAUGUUACCCGAAUUGCUCCAUUUUCGAGCUUACGGGUGGAAGAAUACUUGAACAAAGUCAAGUCACCAGGAGUUUGUUUAAAAACUGUAAAACCACACAAGUACAUGUCAUAUGCAGCAACUUUAAGACAAUUAAUUCCUGCUAAUUGUUGUUAUUUUGAGUGUUAAAUUUGAUGGGGUCAGUAGUUUUCAGA